CGAUGUCGAAGGCAAAGGUUUGCAGAAUCAUAACCAGCUUGGCACGUAAACCAUCCAUGGUUCACCAACGCAAACGAAACCGAAACUAGCUGCAAACACCGUGCAAUUCUAGCGUUUUCCUGAAGCAAGCUUCCGGUUACGUGCGCUGUUGUUUUGACGGGUGCGUGCACGUUGUGCCCGCGUGUUUGCCGGCCGUGUUUGGUCGCUUUCAAAACUACGAGCGCCCAGAAAGUUGGCCUUCACGUACUCGGAUUGAGCUUUCGUGGCCGGUAGCGUCCGAGUUAAUCUCCGCGUCAUGUCGAACUUCCUCUCGCACGGCAACGUCGCCCAGGCCGGCGAUACGUGCGUGGUGUACUGCACUUUCGCUAACAUCUACUCCAUCAAGCUCGCGCACGGCGAGGUGUUUCAGACCAAGUACGGCGCGCUGAAGCACGACGACGUAAUCGGCCGUACGUACGGCACCAAGGUGCUGUGCUCGUGCGGUUACGUAUACGUGCUGCGCGUUACGCCGGAGCUGUGGACGCUCACGUUGCCGCAUAGGACUCAGAUCCUCUACACCCGUGACAUCAGCCUGGUGACGCUACAACUGGACCUCAAGCCCGGGUCGGUCGUAUGCGAAGCCGGCACUGGCAGUGGGUCGAUGACUCACGCACUUGCCCGGACUGUAGCACCGAAUGGUCAUGUUUACACGUUCGACUUCCAUGAGCACCGCGCUCAGGUGGCCCAAAAGGAGUUUCAAGAGCACGGCCUGAACUCUGUUGUGACAUGUGCACACCGUGAUGUCUGUCAGGAUGGUUUCGGCAUCGAGGGACUUGCCGAUGCUGUUUUUCUAGAUUUACCUCACCCUUGGAAAGCAGUGGACGCCGCGGCUUCAGCAUUGAAACCUGGCUGCGGGGGGCGCCUCUGCUCUUUUUCGCCGUGCGUGGAACAAGUGCAGCGCACUUGCGAGGCGCUGCGUGACCGCGGUUUCGUGGACGUCGUCACGUUAGAGUGCCUCGAGCGGCCCUACGAGAUGAAGCAAGUGUUCAUGGCCGACAUCCGGGAUGCGUGCAGGGUACCAUCCGGGAAACAGGCACCGAAGAAAGAGCAUGCGACGGCCAAGACACUUGGAACUACAGAGGGAGAUGCAAUGACCGGUGUGGAGGAAGCCGUCCGAAUCUUCUAGUCGAAGGCGAAGGCGGAGCUGAAGGCGAAGCCAAAGCUACCGACGAUACGAACCGAGGCAAGAAGCGUCGCGGCCACCAGGAAGACCUGGGUUCUGCGAACCAGGUUUUCUGCUUCCAGGCGGCCAUACCUUCCUUGCAGAUUCCGGGCCACACGGGAUACCUGACCUUCGCGACGCUACUGGCCUCGUAGCGGUUGUCAUGCGCUUCAGAUCACAGAGCUGAAACAGGCAUCACCACAUCAUAAUAAAAAAAAAUCAUUAGGCACC